AUGCGGUCACCAACAACAAUUAAGGAGGUCCAGCGACUAACAGGACGCUUGGCCGCGUUAUCAAGAUUCCUACCAGCUGCAGCAACAAGAUCUUAUCAUUUCUUCAAAAAAAUAAAGAAGUCGGAAAAGUUCACAUGGACUACUGAUUGCGAAAGAGCAUUUUCCGAGUUCAAACAAAUACUCGCAUCACCACCUAUAUUACAGAAACCCGAGCAAGGUAAACCUCUGCUACUUUUUCUUUCAAUUUCAGCUAACACUAUCAGCUCUGUCCUCGUAACAGAUACAGGGAAUGAGCAGCACCCGGUAUACUUCGUGAGCAAAGUCCUACAAGGCGCCGAGCUCAGAUACCCGACGAUAGAGAAACUAGCACUUGGUUUGAUAAUGAUAGCUCGUCGCCUAAGACAUUACUUUCAGAUGCACCCGAUCAUAGUACGCACGGGGCACCCUUUACGACAAAUACUCUCAAAACCAGAUUUGGCAGGACGGAUGACGAAAUGGGCGAUUGAGCUCUCAGAAUUUGACAUAUCAUAUCAGUCAAGAGGCUCACCUAAGGCCCAGAGACUAGCCGAUUUUGUAGCCGAAUUCACAUGCAAGAGUGAACAAAACAAAAAUUGGGAGUUAUAUGUAGAUGGCGCGUCAAAUGAAAACGGAUGCGGAGUAGGAAUCCUUCUAAAGGACGAUGAAGGAGUACAGGCCGAGCAGUCGAUCAAGUUCCUCUUCCAAACAACAAACAAUCAAGCCGAAUAUGAAGCUUUGCUGGCUGGAUUACGAUUGGCCAAGGAAGUCGGAAUCUCGUCUCUGACCGUGCACUGUGAUUCACUGCUAGUGGUACAACAGGUAAGCGGCCAAUUCCAGGUACGAGACAAACUCUUAGAAAAAUAUCUAAGCUCGGUGAAAACCCUAGUACAGUCUUUCCAAAAAUUCGAAAUACUACACAUACCUAGGGAAGAAAAUUGCAGAGCUGAUAUUCUGUCAAAACUAGCCACGCAUAGGUUAACAGAACAAACGGAAAAGCUUAAUCAUAUUACGUUAACAGAAACUAGUUUAGAUACAAAAUCUGUCUUUAGCAUAUCACAGGAAGAAGACUGGAGAAAUGUAUUCGUCAACUACAUAAGGAGCGGAGACAUACUAGAAGGAGAGGAGCCGAGGUCAUUUAGAUACAAAGCGGCUCAAUAUACUCUGCUGGGAACCGAGUUAUACAAAUGA